CUGAAUCAAACCCAUAUAAUAUACACGAAUUCUUGAAACAUUAAGCAAAGAAAAAGGUUGAGGGGGGAAAUCACAAGAAUGAUGAUCGGAAAAUUGUGUAGAUCUGUGGGAACCGUCGGAAAGUGUGAUGGUCGGCAUUAUGGCGUGAGGACGAUGGUUGGAAAAGCCUCGAACCGAGCUGGUGUUCAUGGUUCGAAACUUCCCAACGCUAAAGCACUUGACAAUGAGGAAGAGAUCAGGGAGAGGAUUAGUAAAGGGAGUGAAGACAAAGAACACAAAAGAAGAGAGGUUGAGAAAAAAGUUGAAGGCUCUCGGAGAGGAUCUAACGGCGAAGAUGCAUCUUCCGACCGGUUUGAAUUUUCGCCUUCUCUCGCUCCUGAGCAAGAAUCUCCAAUGGCUUCUUUAGAUGUUGUCACUACACAAGCUUAUCUUACUCCAUUGAGGUCUCAAACUAUCAACCAUGCUAAAUUCUUACAAAUCCCAUGGAGACAAUUUGUCUUCAAAAAGCCUUUAGGUCUCUGUAAAUCCACCAAACUCGACGAAGCCGUGACCUUGAUAGAGAAGUCAUCAACCUCACCGUCCAAUCUCUCUACUCCCGAAGCUUACACAGACCUACUUCAUGCUUGCAUCUCCGCUAAAUCGCUUCACCAUGGUAUAAAAAUCUGUUCUUUGGUUCUCAACAAUCCUAGUCUCCGUCACGAUCCCAAAUUGCUUAGCAAGCUCAUUACCCUUUUCUCGGUUUGUCGCCGAUUGGAUCUCGCUCGGAAAAUCUUCGACGAUGUCACUGAUUCGAGUCUACUUACUGAGAAAGUCUGGGCAGCGAUGGCGAUUGGGUAUUCUAGAAACGGGUCACCAAGAGAUGCUUUGAUCGUGUAUGUAGAUAUGUUGUGUAGUUUCAUUGAGCCUGGGAAUUUUUCGAUAUCUGUAGCGUUGAAAGCGUGCGUGGAUUUGAAAGAUCUUCGGGUUGGUAGAGGAAUCCAUGGCCAGAUUGUGAAACGUAAGGAGAAGGUUGAUCAAGUGGUGUAUAAUGUGCUCUUGAAGCUUUACAUGGAACGUGGCUCAUUUGAUGAUGCACGUAAGGUGUUCGAUGGAAUGUCUGAGAGAAAUAUUGUUACUUGGAAUUCUUUAAUUUCGAUACUCAGCAAGAAAGUUCGGGUUCAUGAGAUGUUUAAUUUGUUCAGAAAGAUGCAGGAAGAGAUGAUUGGGUUUAGUUGGGCGACUUUGACGACAAUAUUACCCGCUUGUUCACGUGUCGCUGCUCUUAUCACUGGGAAAGAGAUUCAUGCGCAGAUUCUGAAAUCGAAAGAGAAACCUGAUGUUCCGUUGCUUAAUUCAUUGAUGGAUAUGUAUGGGAAAUGUGGAGAUGUUGAGUAUUCUCGGAGAGUCUUUGAUGGGAUGUUAACUAAGGAUUUGACUACAUGGAACACGAUUCUAAACUGUUACGCAAUCAACGGAAAUAUCGAAGAAGUGAUAAAUCUGUUUGAAUGGAUGAUAGAGUCAGGCGUCGCACCAGAUGGGAUUACCUUUGUUGCUUUGUUAUCCGGGUGUAGCGAUACAGGGCUAACGGAAUACGGUAUAAGUUUGUUUGAACGCAUGAAAACUGAAUUCAGAGUUUCACCGGCCUUGGAACAUUAUGCUUGUUUGGUUGACAUCUUGGGCCGAGCUGGUAAGAUCGAAGAAGCAGUCAAGGUAAUAGAAACAAUGCCAUUUAAGCCAAGUGCAUCCAUUUGGGGAUCACUGCUCAACUCUUGCAGGCUCCAUGGGAAUGUUUCAGUGGGGGAGAUUGCAGCAAAAGAGUUGUUUGUUCUUGAACCUCAUAAUCCAGGGAACUAUGUUAUGGCUUCGAACAUAUAUGCUGAAGCAAAGAUGUGGGACAAUGUCGAUAAGAUUCGAGAGAUGAUGAAACAAAGAGGGAUCAAAAAGGAAGCUGGUUGCAGUUGGGUACAGGUUAAAGACAAGAUUCAAAUCUUUGUCGCAGGAGGUGGUUACGAGUUUCGUAAUUCGGAUGAGUAUAAGAAAGUAUGGACAGAACUACAGGAAGCAAUUGAAAAAUCCGGUUAUUCUCCUGAUACGAGCGUGGUGCUUCAUGAUGUUGAUGAAGAAACUAAGGCAAAUUGGGUUUGUGGACACAGCGAAAGACUCGCGGCAACCUACUCCCUAAUUCACACAGGUGAAGGGGUUCCAGUUAGGGUUACCAAGAAUCUCAGAGUAUGUGCAGACUGCCAUUCAUGGAUGAAGAUUGUAUCGCAAGUAACUGGGAGAGUUAUAGUCCUCAGAGACACCAAACGAUUCCACCAUUUCGUUGCCGGCAUUUGCUCAUGUAAAGACUACUGGUGACUGGUGAGGUAUUAUUCUAUGUGCAACAAGUGAGUAGUAGAAGACAAAGCCAGACUUUUGGGGAACUGUAAUCACUGAUUUCACGCUGAUUGCGUCGACAAGUGGCUUUGAAGCAAGCAAGGUUGGUUCGGUGCAGCCAGGAAGGAGACCAGAACUUGGCGGGGACGAGGGUUUUACUUUUACUACAGACGUGGCCGUUACUCAAGACGCUGUUGUGGAUUGUGGUAGAUAUUCUGGCAAACCUUGAAAUUGGAUCACCUAGGCCCAUUAUGGUAGCUAAUUAACUAGCCCAAUGAGCCCUAGUUCAUCAAUAUGCAAGUGAUUGAUUUUGUCAACAAAUCAAACUAAAGAUAGUAUUAAGAAAAAAAUGAUGAAAAACAAAAUAAUCAAGACAGAAGAUUUGGAUCGAGAAAAGUUCGUCAGCUUUACAAUCUUUUAAUCACUGACAAAAUCAGCACGUGAUCAGAAAUUCGAAUCUACAAUCAUGUAAACGGAAAUUAUUGUUAUUCCCAAUUGUAAUUGAGAUGGCUUUUGUUACGUUAAUAGUUAUUACGCAAAAAAAAAAAAAAAAAAA